AUGUCCAUCGCAGACAAGUCCUUUUUGGCGAAGAAAGUCAUCUCCGCGGAUGGCCCCUCGCCCAAAGAGGAGGAACAUAACGUGCCGCUUGUUGACUGGUGCGUGGCGGGGAUUGAGCCGGAGGAGGAGGCCAACAGUCGGCGCUCGGUGCUGGAGCACCUCAACAACAUUGUGCGUGCAUGGAUUCGCUCCACCAUGAUCACGGAGUUUCGUAUGCCAGCGGAGGCGGCAGCACAAGUGGAGGGACGCAUCUUCGCCACGGGUUCCUACCGCUACAACGUCCAUGCGUCGGGCAGCGAUAUCGACGUCGUCCUCAUCGCUCCCAACCGCAUCACUCGUGAACACUUUUUUAACACACUCGCCCCAUGCCUACAGCAUGAAUCGCGUAUUACCGAGCUGCACUGCAUUCGAGACGCCCGAGUGCCUCUUAUUGCGAUGGUAGCAGACGGAAUUGACAUUGAUUUGUCCUUUGGGUCGAUUCGACAGGAUCGCGUGCCGGAAGUGAUCACCGACGACCUGCUGCAAGGGCUUGAUGACCAGUCUGUGCUAAGUUGUAAUGCGGUGCGUGUGGCUCACAACAUCAUGGACCUCGUUCCACACAAGGCGUCCUUUCGUCAGGCCCUGCGCUUUAUCAAGGCAUGGGGAAAAGCACGCGGAAUUUACAGCAAUACAUUUGGCUUCCCCAGUGGUAUUGGGUGGGCCAUUCUUGUUGCCUUUGUGUGCCAGUGCCACCCGAAUCAGAACGCCGCAGGUAUUGUGGUCCGCUUCUUUCGCAUCUACCACGCAUGGUUCUCGCCGAAUCCGUACGAGACUGGCAAGGAAAAUAGAGCCAUCUAUUUAACCGAGACAAUGCGUGUUAAAACGAACCUUGGCCGCAGCUGGGACCCGCGCGAGUCCAAGUCCGAUGCGAUGGCGCUUUUCCCCGUUCUCACCCCUGCCGUGCCGUACGGCAAUGCGUGUUUUAAUGUGACACUGACAAAUCUUCGACAGCUGUGUGUCGAGUUUGCCCGGGGGCAUGAAAUUUGCUGCUCCAGUCUUGCCACCUCCGUUGAGGAGGCCAAGUCAUGCUUCGGUCCAUAUGGUGUGUGGAGUAGGCUUCUAGAACCUGUCAAGUUUUUUGGGGAAUAUAAGUACUACCUGCAUGUCCAGGUUUCGUGCACGGACGCCGAGGCGUAUCAGGGCUACAUCGACGCUGUGGAGUCGAAGAUACGCUUUCUUUGGGCUGGCACGGCAGAGACGCGAGGCCAGGCACUGGAGAAUGUUCGUCACAUUCGACUCCAACUGAAUCCACGGCGGUAUGAGGUACCUGAGGAGGCUGAGGUGCGGGCUCGUCUCCUAAAAAAGGGGUCGCGUAGCAGCGGUGGGGGUCACAGCUCUACGGAGUUGUUCUUUCAACAACGUUCUGGGGCGGUGGAGGGCGGCGCUGUGCAAAGGGCGUUUACUUGCCAUUACUUUAUUGGCAUGCAUGUGGAUCAGAAGGCAACUACAAGGAAAAUUGAUCUUGCCCCAAGCAUUCGAGCCUUCCACAGUAUUGUACGGCAGCUUCGGCAAUACAAAGAGGGUGUCACGCGCCUUCCCGUCAUUACUGUGGAGGAUAUCUCAAAAAUACCAGCAUUUGUGAAGACGGCAGUCGGCUACAAGGAAUCGGUGGCGGCGUCGGAUGCCGAUACAGCGGCGGCCAAGGUCCACGAUGACAAUAACGCCCUUUCCACAGUGGCUGGAGAGAAGCGUCCUCGUGACGACGAGGAUGCAAAAACUGACGCAGGUGCGGCGACAAAAGUGGCAGCUCAGGAGGCCUUUGCCGCACCCGCGACAGGCACCUUUGGGACGCUUAAUGGGAAAUCAAAUACUGAGACUGCGGCUGAUGCUGCAAAGGACACCGUAAAUGAGGAUGAUGAUCCGGAUUUAGAAGAGGCGCUAGGCCUUGGCUUUUGA